AUUUAUACCUUAUUCACGGCCCCUUCUUCUCUAUCGUCUGUUGUGUGCCCUAACCCCUAUCGGUGACGCCCGCCGGUCGCCGUCUCAGCACUGACUAACUUGAGCACCGUCUCAUCCCCAGCGAGCAGGGCUCGGGCAGGCGAUCAAGCUCUUCUGAAGCUUCCACCAUCAGGUUAGUUGAUUGUGGUGUUUUGAUCGAGCAUUGCAGCAGGUAUAAGAAUGCCCAAGGUGAAGACGAGCCGUGUGAGGUAUCCGGAAGGAUGGGAGCUCAUCGAGCCUACCCUCCGUGAAUUGCAAGCCAAGAUGAGAGAAGCCGAGAACGAUCCGCACGAUGGUAAAAGGAAAUGUGAGGCUCUCUGGCCCAUCUUUAAGAUUGAGCACCAGAAAAGCCGCUACAUCUUUGACCUUUACCAUAGGAGGAAGGAGAUAUCGAAGGAGUUGUAUGAGUUCUGCCUGGAUCAGCGUUAUGCCGACAAAAAUCUGAUUGCAAAGUGGAAGAAGCCGGGUUAUGAGCGGCUUUGCUGCUUAAGGUGCAUCCAGCCACGAGACCACAACUUUGGCACGACUUGCGCGUGUCGGGUACCGAAGCACUUGAGGGAGGAGAAGGUCAUAGAAUGCGUUCAUUGUGGUUGUCGGGGCUGUGCUAGUGGUGAUUGACUGAAUCGAAAUUGUCCUCUGAAACAGUAUUGAACGGGGCAUCGACUGAUUUCUGUAUCCUUGUUAAUUACUGCCUUGCUGGAACUCCUAUCUUGUAUUUUGAGAGUACUAAGUUGGACAGCAAUGACCAGUCUUAUGUCCGUGCCUUGCAUGCCGAAGCACUCUUGAGACAAUGAACUGGGUUUGCACGAUAUCGAGUCAUUGAAUCAUUGGUCGCUUCUGUUUGAGAUUUA